AUGGGUGAAACUUUGGAAGCUGCCAACCAGUGGAUGCAGUUUGAUAGUCCCACCAACAGGCCUUCAGCAGAGCUCCAGUCAAUUGCCAGAGGACCACCCAGCUUGGUGAUGGACAGACCACGUAGCCGGGUUCUGGCUCUCAGGCCGCUCCUGGGAGCACGCAGGGAUCUCCACAGGUCAUGUGCCCAAAGCAGCCUUCACUCUCGGCACCUAGGACGGCAGGCUCUGACCAUGAAGCUGUUUCUCCUGACGUCUGUGGCUGCUGUCAUCACUUCGCUGGUUGUUGGUGAGCAGCGGCAAGGAUUAAUCGAGGAAUCGCUGCUGUUUCCCAGGAACACAAUAAGUGACUACGUGGUGAUACAGCCACAGAAGGAAAUGAGUCUCAAUGACCUGACGCUGUGCCUGCGGUACAACACGGAGCAGCGGACCAGGCAGACACUCUUUUCCUACACGUCCACUGUCCCCCAGGACCUGGUGCUGAGCCGUGAGGAUGAAAGAACCUUGAAGGUGAUCAUCGGCGGCAGGGAGAUCCAAUUCCAGCUGCCCGUCAACCUCUGGGGUUGGGUCCACAUCUGCAUCACCCGGGAGAAAGAGAAGCAGCUGGUCGGUCUGUAUGUCAACGGGGAGCCAUCCACCCGCAAAAUGCAGGAGGACACGCAGCCUGUCACCAGUGGGGGCACGGUGAUCCUAGGCCAGCAGAAGGGCAGCAUGGCCAGAGAGACAAGUUUUGUGGGCGAGAUUCUGGAUGUCAACUUGUGGAACCGGGUGCUGCACCCCAAAACGAUCCAGAAACUCUCCAAGGGCGACUCCACCCCUCAGGGCAACGUGAUUGGCUGGCUGACGGCCAGAGUGGAAACCAAAGGCAAGGUCGUUCCCCUCAAAUCAACCUUGACCCAGUGAAGGGCAGCGGAUGGGCCCACCCACCCCACGGGCUGCGGUCUGUACCGUGCGACACGCCUGUGAGUUCACACCAAUAAAAGCAUUUCACCUGCAA